AUGGUGAAAUUGUUGGUACCAGAGGAAGCUUCCCUAAAUCCGGAACUUUACGGUUUAAGAAGAUCGCAUCGAGAAAGAAAGGGUCCUUCCGUUAUAGAAUCGGAUUCUGAAUCAGACGAAAAUCCGUCCUCGAGAAAGCGGAGAAAAUUGGUGGAUGAAUACGAUGAUGACCUAGAAGAAGAAGGUGAUGAUGAUGAGGGGGAUGAUUUUGACGACGAUGAUUUUGUUGUAGAAAAGAAGAAGAGAUGGUCUGGCUCGUCUUCAAGAAAGAAGAUCAAGAAGCAUAAAACCAAACCUCAAACUUCCACGUACAACCCACUGGAAUUAAGAUUCUCCACGAGGAACAACAAACAAGUAAAUUACGCUAUCGAUGAGGGCGAUGACGCAGAUUUGAUGGAGAGUGAUUUUGAUGAUGACGAUGAAGAAAAUGAUUAUUAUUAUUAUCAACAAGCCAUUGCUCCUGAAAAUGAACGCGGUAUCGAUCUUGUUAUGGAUCACAAGUUGAAUCCUGAUAAUCCAGAAGUGACCCAUGAACCCAAAUUGGACUACUUGUUUAAAAUUAAAUGGACCGAUGCAUCACAUUUACACAACACUUGGGAAACCUAUAACGAUUUAAAAGAGUUUAAAGGGUUCAGGAAAGUUGACAACUACAUCAAACAGUUUAUAAUAUAUGACAAUGAAGUAAGAAAUGAUCCUUUAACCACAAAAGAAGAUAUAGAAGCAAUGGAUAUUGAGAAAGAGCGAAGAAGAGAUGAACAAGAGGAAUAUGUGCAUGUUGAGAGAAUCGUCGAUAGUCAAAGAACCGAGAAGGAUGGAGAAAACAGGCUAGAGUACUUUGUAAAAUGGAGAAGAUUGUACUACGAUGAGUGUUCGUGGGAAGAUGCGGAAGAGAUUGCUAGAAUUGCGCCGGAGCAGGUUAGUAAAUAUCAACAACGAUUGAAUUCCAAAAUACUCCCCAAUUUCUCAGCAAAUUAUCCUUUGUCGCAAAGACCAAGGUUUGAAAAGUUAGUAAAACAGCCUGUAUUUAUUAAAAACGGAGAACUCCGUGACUUCCAGCUUACUGGUCUUAAUUGGAUGGCAUUUCUUUGGUCAAGAAAUGAAAAUGGUAUUUUGGCAGACGAAAUGGGCUUGGGUAAGACUGUCCAGACUGUGGCAUUCUUAUCUUGGUUGAUUUAUGCCAGGCGACAAAAUGGACCUCAUUUAGUUGUGGUUCCGUUGUCAACUAUACCUGCUUGGCAAGAGACAUUUGAAAAAUGGUCUCCUGAUAUCAAUUGCAUUUACUACUUGGGAAACGGUGAGGCUAGAAGAACAAUUAGAGACUACGAAUGGUAUACACCAAACGGAAAGCCAAAAUUCAAUGUUCUUUUAACGACAUAUGAGUACAUUUUGAAGGAUCGAAAUGAGUUGGGCUCUCUCAAGUGGCAAUUCUUGGCAGUGGAUGAGGCACACAGGUUGAAAAAUGCCGACUCGUCUUUGUAUGAAUCUUUGAAGAGUUUUAGGUGCGCUAAUAGGCUUUUGAUCACUGGGACACCACUUCAAAACAAUUUGAAAGAAUUAGCUGCAUUAUGUAAUUUCUUGAUGCCGGGCAAAUUUGACAUUGAACAAGAGAUUGACUUUGAAACCCCUGAUGAAGAGCAGGAACUGUAUAUCAAGGAUUUACAGAAAAAAAUCAAGCCUUAUAUUUUAAGGCGGUUGAAGAAGGAUGUCGAAACAUCAUUGCCUUCUAAAACUGAAAGAAUAUUACGUGUCGAAUUAUCUGAUAUCCAAACUGAUUAUUAUAAAAAUAUUAUUACCAAAAACUAUGCAGCCUUGAACGCGGGCAACAAUGGUUCGCAAAUAUCUUUGUUAAAUGUCAUGAGCGAAUUGAAAAAGGCGUCCAAUCAUCCUUACUUAUUUGAUGGUGCUGAAGAGCGUGUACUUGCUCGAGCAGGAUCUCCUACAAGAGAGAACAUUUUGAAAGGUAUGAUUAUGUCAUCGGGAAAAAUGGUUUUACUUGAGCAGUUGUUAUCAAGAUUGAAAAAAGAAGGCCACAGAGUUCUUAUUUUUUCCCAGAUGGUGAGGAUGUUGGACAUUCUUGGUGAUUAUAUGUCGAUCAAAGGCUAUCAAUUUCAGAGGUUAGAUGGAGGUAUUCCAUCAUCCCAAAGAAGAAUUUCAAUUGAUCAUUUUAAUGCUCCUGACUCAAAGGAUUUUGCUUUCUUAUUAUCAACGAGAGCUGGUGGUCUAGGUAUCAACUUGAUGACAGCUGAUACUGUUAUCAUAUUUGACUCUGAUUGGAACCCUCAAGCUGACUUACAAGCCAUGGCAAGAGCACAUAGAAUUGGUCAAAAAAACCAUGUCCUGGUCUACCGGUUUGUUAGUAAGGAUACAGUUGAGGAACAAAUUUUGGAAAGGGCAAGGAAGAAAAUGAUUUUGGAGUAUGCCAUCAUUUCCUUGGGUAUAACUGACCCUAAUGCGAAAAAGAGUAAUAAGACAGAACCUUCCACAAGUGAGCUAUCGCAGAUCUUAAAGUUUGGUGCAAGUACCAUGUUUAAAGACAAUGACAAUCAGCAAAAAUUAGAGAAUUUGAACUUGGAUGAAGUGUUGAACCAUGCUGAAGAUCAUGUAACGACACCCGAGUUAGGUGAAUCAAAUUUGGGAUCAGAAGAGUUUUUGAAACAAUUUGAGGUUACCGAUUACAAAGCUGACAUUGAAUGGGAUGACAUCAUUCCUCAAGAUGAAUUAACCAAGUUGAAAGACGAGGAGAAAAAGAAAGCUGAUGAGGAGUACUUGCAACAGCAAAUUGCCAUGUAUUCCAAACGGAAGGCUGCAGUACGGAAAUUUGAAAACGGUUCUGUGGUGCCUAGUGAUGUGGAAGAUAGCGCAGACGAUGUGAAGUCUUCCGGCAGACGAAGAGCAACGGACAAUCAAUUAUCGGAAAAGGAGAUUCGUGGAAUUUACCGAUCGAUAUUGAAAUGGGGGGACCUUGCUGGAAAAUGGGAUCAAUUAGUUGAAGAAGGAAGCAUCAGUAAUAAGAAUCCGGUUUACAUUAAGCAUGCAUAUAAUGAGAUAGUUAAUACCGCAAAGAAACUAGUAAAGGAAGAAGAAGUAAGAAGAGCACAAGCACUUACGGAGUUGGAGAAGAAAGCCAAAGAGCAAAAAGAAGAUCCUAAAAAUGUGGAUCAAAACCAAACAGCUUUAUGGGUGGCAAAGAAGAAGGAAAAGAAGGCGGUACUCUUUGAGUACCAGGGAGUCAAGAAUAUCAAUGCUGAGCUUGUCUUGAAUAGGCCACUCGAUAUGCGAGCUCUUGAAAAAAUCAUUCCUGAUGGCAAUCCAUUGGAUCUUCAUUUGCCUAGACAUCCAAAAGCGGUUCAAUCAUGGUCUUGCGAGUGGACAGCAAAAGAUGACGCCAUGUUACUAGCUGGAGUGUAUAAAUUUGGAUACGGAUCAUGGGUUCAAAUUCGAGACGAUCCUUUAUUAGGACUUCAAAAUAAACUUCAUUUGGAUUCCGCACCGAAUGCAAAGAAUGCUGCAGCUGGUGAAAAUUCGAAAAAAGUUCCUGGUGCUGUUCAUCUAGGUAGACGAGUGGAUUAUCUUUUCACCCUUCUACAUGAUGAUACAGACUCAGAGGCUACCUCAGAGCCAAAAAGAAGGAUCAAGAGGGCCGAUAAUGGGUCUUCCAAACUCAAGAGAAAUGUCAAAUCUGAAACCCCAGACACUGCUCGUCCUGCGAAAGUUAAGAAGCAAAGCUCUCAUAAUUUGCAUAAUGGUUCACAUGCGGGAGUGAAAAAGCCACCUGUGCAUUCCACAAUCAAGCAUGAAAAGGAAGCUGCAGGUAAACAUCUGCCAAGUUUGCAUCACAAGGAGGAUUCACAAUACGAGGUUAUGGAUGAGUCCACUCAAAAAGCAUGCAAGAGUGCCUUAUACCCUGUCUUCAGGUCUCUACAUAAAUUACAAAAAGGGAACACUGGGUUGGAUAAGCAUGAAUGGGCCAAGGUGCUACGCGACGAACUAAUGAAUGUUGGAGAUCAUAUUGAGUCCGAAACAAAGAAAAUGAAAGCUGGUGACGACCCAAAUCGAAUCAGGAAGCACCUCUGGUCUUAUGCAGGAAGAUAUUGGCCAAGCAAAGUGCCCAGUAGUAAGAUCAGUGAGAUGUAUAGAAGAUUAAAGUUGAAAACUAAGGAGUAA